GUGUAGAACACAGCAUUUGGUGUGGGAUUCCAGCUGUGUAAGAGGAUCAGAAUGGCAGAAAAGCCAAUUUGGGAGCAGAUUGGAUCAAGCUUUAUACAACAAUAUUACCAGACCUUUGACACUGAUAGGACCCAAUUAGCAGUAAUAUAUACUGAUGCAUCAUGCCUUACAUGGGAAGGACAACAAUAUCAUGGUAAAGCUGCAAUUGUUGAAAAACUCUCAAUGCUUCCUUUUCAGAAAAUUCAGCAUAGCAUUACCUCACAAGAUCAUCAACCCACUCCAGACAGUUGCAUCAUCAGUAUGGUUGUUGGUCAACUUAAGGCUGAUGAUGACCCAAUUAUGGGGUUUCAUCAGGUAUUUCUCUUAAAGAACAUCCAAGACGCAUGGGUUUGUACAAAUGACAUGUUCCGGCUAGCACUGCAUAACUUUGGCUGAAUUCCUACAUCUGAAGACUGGAUUAACUCUUCAUCUACAGUUCUUUUUUUGUGGGGGUGGGGGUGGUCCCUAACAAGUCUUCAUAUCAACAGAGAAUUUCAAAUAUCAUACACAGAGAAAAUCAUCUGAAGAGUUCAGUAACACCAGGCUGCUGUAAAAUUAAUUUAGAACUGAAGUUUGGCGGUCCUGCAUAUUUUUUGGCUAAUGAACACUUGUGUAUGAUUUUUGGAACGUAUUUGCCUUUAACACAAACUGUAAAAGCAUGCCUUUGGAAAACGAUGAGAAAAGAUUGCUUUCUAUGUACAAAUAACACCUUGAAGCACUUACUAAAGUAAUCCAAAGUAAUGUGAAAUAAAAGAAAAGGCAAUGUAGCUGGAUUGUUAAAGACCAUUUGUUUAUUUUGAUUCUGAUGUUUCUAAUUAAAACAAAGUAUUUUCCUUCAGUUUUAAGUUUA